AUGAGUCGCAAUUCCAAGCUCGCGCCUGAAGUCAACCGAGCGCUCUUUGUCAAGAAUCUGAGCUACAACGUAUCCACCGAGGAACUCUUCGAUCUGUUUGGCAAAUUCGGCCCCAUUCGGCAAAUCAGGCAAGGAAUAGCUUCGAACACGAAGGGCACGGCGUUCGUCGUCUACGAGGAUGUCAUGGAUGCCAAGGGCGCAUGUGACAAGCUGAACGGCUUCAACUUCCAAAAUCGCUAUCUCGUUGUUCUGUACCACAGCAAAGCGAAAGGCCAAUCCGGCCAAUCCGAUCUCGCAGAACGUCGCGAGAACCUAGAACAGCUCAAACGUGAGCAUGGGAUAUCUUAG